ACAGAUGAGAAGAUGGCAGAAAAAUUUUGUGCCGGUCUGAGGCAUGAAAUUAGGAUGACUCUAGCAAGCCACGGAGGACUCUCAUACACGGAGUCUUUGAACAGGGCACUUGACAUUGAAGCUGCAAUGCCAUCGGAUAAGUCAGCUCCACCACUGACCUCGACGCCAAAUAACCCACCAGCACCCUCACAUACUCUCAAAGGGAAGCGCAAAUGGGGCAACACUGAAGACAAUAUCAGUCAAGCCAACAAGAGAGUAUGGCAAGAAAAUGAACAGGCCGAACAGUUUAAUCAACAAAGGCAUGAGACACAGACUAACUCCGACCCAACUAGGGGUAACCGAGGUCAGCAAGGAAUUUCACCUUGCCCCAAUUGCGGUAAGAUGCAUAGGGGUAUCUGUCGGGCUGGAACUAACGGGUGUUACAAUUGUGGCCAAAAAGGUCACUACUCCACACAGUGUCCCAACAGACAACAAGGUUCAACAACUAAGCCCACCCACACCCAUCCCUUACAAGCAAUACGCGGACACCUUCAAAUUCAGCCUCAAGAACAACAGUCACCACAACAGGGGGCAACUUAUGCUUUUAACCAGGGACACUUGGAAGGUUGAGCUGUGAUGGAUGAUGAAGUGUUGCUGAGUGGAGCUUUUGUCAAUUUGAAAUUAGGCUCAGAAAAGAUAUAUGUCUGCAUACAUGUAUCUCAGUUAUGUCUUCCGCUGCAAACACUGAUUAUGUUUUAGUCAAGUCUAUAACUAUGUGAAUUACUCUUCAAAGAAAUAUCUAAUGCUUACUCGGGUUCAUC